AUGACAGCUCGCCAAACGUCACCCUCGUCAGACCACUCCCACUCGGACAAUAAUGUCCGCAAGAGGGUCUGCAAGGCUUGUGAUCGGUGUAGACUGAAGAAAUCCAAGUGUGACGGAGGCAAUCCUUGCGGUCGGUGUAAGGCGGACAAUGCCAUCUGCGUCUUUGGCGAGAGGAAGAAGGCUCAUGACAAAGUGUACCCCAAGGGAUAUGUUGAGAUGCUGGAGCAACAACAAGCGUGGCUAGUACAUGGUCUGCAAGAGAUGUAUCGCCGCACCAGCGAAGGCGAAGGGUGGCCCGGCGAGCCCUUGAAAUGCGAACCCAACGGCCACCCGCUCACUCACGAUCUGCUCACCCGGUUGGGCGCCUUGGAUCACCACAAGGGCGAACACUUCGAGGAAAACCCGGAUGUAAUGCAGCAGGACCUGUGGAAGCAGAACGCAGGGCACAUGCAGCGCCAGGACUCGUCUGAUGGCAGUUCCGAACCCGCACAAUCUCCCGUCGUACCGUCGCGCUUCUCCGACGCUUUCUCUCGACCGAUGCCGCCCUCGCCGUCCACCUUCAGCCCGUCGUCGCGAACGCAAGGACCGACGAUCAAGUCGGAGCCGCAGAUGACACCCAACAACCCGGCCUUCGUGGCGCCGCUGGCAAUGCAAGGAGUGGUGAAUCCCGUCGCAUUGCAAGCGCCGCAGCAAUGGAACAAUAACUUCGGGGGAUUUGAUGAGAUGGAUCUGAUGGCAACGCCCGAUUACUCGAAUUUCUCAUUUGACGACAUGUCGUCGCCCAUGUUCAACCGUCAAAUACCAAUGAACUGCAUGGUCCCCUCGUCAUAUAUGGACACCAAGAACGACUACGAAGACAUCAGCCAGUUCUUAAAUGCGAACGCGCCGGAGAUCGCCUCCACUUGA